UCAUUUUUGCAAUUUAUUAGAGAAAAAGGAAAAGCGGCAGUGGUAUUUUGAGAAUGCAUUCGGUGAAGCUGGAAAGUAUUCUGCUGACCGUUGCAAUACUGGCACCGGUCGAAAUUUUUGCUCAAUCCUUGGAAACCGUGCCGCCGGGUUUCAUUAUCAGCGGCAACCAGAUAAUCGAUCCCGCUAAGGGUUCCAAGGUUCGCUUCUGGUGGGGUUACAAUGAAACCGACCCGUCCGAACUCUUCUUCGUUGUCAGUGCGAGGGCCAAGGGCUACGUUGGCAUCGGUUUCAACAACCGCGGCGGAAUGAAGGGCGCUGACAUGGUUCUUGGAUGGAUCACUUCUAAUGGCACCGUUAUAUUCGAGGACCGAUUUGGAAACACAGACUUUUCGGCGCCGGUCGUAGACAAGGAGCAGAACGUCAAGCUCGAGAUGGCCAAGGAAAAUGCGACCCACACGAUGUUCGCUUGGACCCGACCUGCGAAAACUUCCGACACUUCUGGCCAAGACUUGCAAAUCAACAAUGAAAUGAUUGAAGUUCUGUGGGCUUAUACCGACGAAGACCCUGUUGGAGCACCAGUCAUGCACACUGAGAGAGGACACAUGCAGCUGAAUCUUGUGGAAAAGCAUCCUACUUUAGGGAAACCUUGAGGAAAAUUGAAUUUCAUUCAUUUUUUGUCUUCAACGAGCAAAUGACGUGUUUCUCGGAAAAUAAGACUCGCGCGAAAAAUAGUUUUUCAAGGCAAAAAGACACGCUUUAAAUGUAUUUUUGGUUUGACGGAAUACUCAAAAAAAAUCUUUGGACCUCGUUUUAUGUCGUUUUCAACUCGCAAAUAGAUUACAAACCGAUAUAUGCGAGUAUGUGUUUUCAGGCUCAACUGAUAAAUUGACUACCACUUCUUGCUGAAAUAAUUUUUACAUUUCAAGUUCAAAUUGUGUGCACCUUAUCAAAAUAGCCUCCAUCUUUGUCAUUUGAAUAUGUUUAUUCAUGGGCUCUUGCUUGUUAUAGCAGAUAUUCUUGAAUCUGAUGCUACGGCUUAAAUCAUGAAUUGUUCUCAAUUUUCUUGGAAACGUGUUAAUUUAAAGCGGAAACUAUGAGGUGUACAGUACGCAUCCCCACCCGAAAAAUUGGCACGACUUUGCACAAGUUGCACAUGAUUUAAUGGAAAUUGUAAAUUGACGUUAAGUUGACACCCAGUAGAGCAGUUACACUUUUUCAAGAACUUAUUUUAACGUAAUUUUGCCAAUAAUGUACAAUAUUCUGAAGUAGCAAUGGCAUUUUUAGGCAGCGCAGAUACUCGGCGGAAUGCCGCAUAACGCGAUUUGUAAACUCUUUUCUUGUUGUGCAGAUGUCGUUUCCUUGUAACACGACAAAGGAAUGGCUUGCUUUCAGCAGUGGAUGUAUUCAAGUUUGAUCGUGUCGCUCAGACAUUCAGAGAUUUCAAAAGUGCUUUAUUUGCAAUUUAGUAUCGAAAUGAAGGAACAGGAACUUUUUAUUCCAUCAUCAUCUGACUCUAAAUUCCGUAGGUGCAACACAUCAGUGACUUUGUUCUGCAUAUAAUCACUCGACUGGCCGACAUUGUCUGCGAAGCAAGGACCGUGUUCUUGAUAAUAAACCUGCGGCUGAAGCAUU